AUUAGAAACUUGUUUAUUUUUUAAAGUUUCCUUAGCUUUUUGUUCACUUAAACCAAUAGAUUCAAAUAAUUGUAUAUCAUCUUUUACAUCCAUGAUCAUAUAUUUUUUUCUUUUUUUUAAUAUGUAAUUAGACAAUUUGUUUUAGCCGGGAAGUUAAUAAAAAGUUAAAAACGACGAAAGAUGUAUAAAAAUAAUGAUGAUGAUGAUGAUUUACAAUUAUGCCCUACAACACUUGCUGCUUUAAAUGAGUUUCUUAAAGAAAAACAAGAAAGAGAAAACCAGUUAAAAUGUAGUUUAGAAAAUAAAGAUUUAGAAAUUUCUUUUGAUGAAAAUUGGCAAUUAAGUCAAUUUUGGUAUGAUGAUAAGACAAUAAAUACUCUUGUAAAAGGUGCUGUACAAAGUACAGAAUCUGAUGGAAAAAUUGCUUUAAUCUCAUGUCCUACACUUUAUAAUAAAUUAAAAAAGAAUUGUGAUGAACGACAAAUUACUCUUUUUGAAUAUGAUGAACGUUUUAAAAUAUAUGGAGUUGACUUUGUACCAUAUAACUAUAAGUUUCCUUUGAAUAUACCUCAGCAUAUGUCAAAUUUUUAUGAUUUGGUUAUAGCCGAUCCACCAUUUCUUUCUGAUGAAUGUUUAACAAAAACUGCUCUUACAAUAAAAUUUUUAGCUAAAAAGAAUUAUGUACUUUGUACAGGUUCUAUUAUGAGUGAAUUAGCAAAAAGAUUAUUAAAUGUAGAAGUUUGUUGUUUUGUACCUCAUCAUCAAAAUAAUCUUGCAAAUGAAUUUUACUGUUAUUCAAAUUUUGAUUUUGAUAAAAUGUUACAAUAAAAAAUAAUAAAAAUAUUAUAUAUAAAA